AGAAUCAAGGGUGUGUGUGAUUCAUGACGUCACUCGUAAAUACUAGGUUAUGUGUGUAGGAAUAUGGGAAAACCGGAAAAUGUAGUGACGAGCAAAGUUAAAUGUAAGAUUUAUCCGUAGUGCUCAUUAAUCUCUUUAUCUGAGGGUUACCAAAUGAAACUUCAAAAUUUAUAGAUGUUCAGUGUGUGACUUUUAUCGUGUAAUAUCACCAACUAGGACAAUUUUCAACAUUCCCAAAUCACACGUGAUGUCCGCCGACGCGGGGGCAUCAGGCUCAACUAAUGUAGUUGCUGCAACCAGCGGGGUGAUGGCGAACUCCCCACGGCUCGUCCAGGCAGCCUGCUCGCCGGCAAAUGCGGUAGCCAUCUCCCCUCCGCCAUCGGUACCUACCACUUCAACUUGCACUGCUGCAGUGAAAAUCAGAGGCGCACCAAGCAAAUAUGUGAAGCUAAAUGUUGGUGGAUCGUUGUUUUACACAACGAUUGAUACAUUAACGAAGCAGGAUAACAUGUUGAGGGCAAUGUUUAGCGGCAGAAUGGAGGUUUUGACAGAUUCAGAAGGCUGGAUCCUAAUAGACCGUAGCGGAAAGCACUUUGGCAUCAUCCUCAACUAUUUACGAGACGGUCACAUCCCUCUGCCAGAGUCUGUACAGGAAGUGGAAGAGUUGAUGGCAGAGGCAAAGUAUUACCUGGUACAAAGCAUCGUAGAACAGUGUAACAAGGUGCUACUCAACAAGAAAGAUGAGUUCUAUCCCGUUUGUCGGAUCCCUGUCAUUACAUCGCAGAGGGAAGCACAGAUGUUGAUUUCAAACUCAGCUAAGCCUGUGGUGAAACUAGUGUACAACAGACAAAACAACAAAUACUCUUACACAAGCAAUUCUGAUGACAACAUCCUGAAGAAUAUAGAGAUGUUUGACAAGCUUUCUGUUCGCUUCAACGGCCGUGUCACAUUUGUGAAGGAUGUGUUCGUCAAUGAGGAGAUAUGUUGCUGGUCUUUCUUUGGACAUACACGCAAGGUAGCAGAAAUCAGCUGCACAUCUAUUGUGUAUACCAGUGAGAAGAAACAAACCAAGGUUGAGUUUCCAGAAGCACGCAUCCUUGAGGAGACACUCAACGUCUUGCUCUAUGAGCGUCACACAGAGAACGAGAGUGACCCCGCCGUGUUGCGCCAGAUCGGCUCGCUGGUAGCGGCGGGACCAUCCAGCUGUAGCGACGAGGAUGAAGAUCAUCCAAGGGAUAUCCGUCUACGUAAGACAUAGCAAUCAGCCGCAUGGGGCUGGAGAUUAGAGAGCUACCACGACCGACGCAAAUCAUUGUAAUGGGAGUGGCAGGAUGAGUGACGUCAAAAUAAUGAGAGAAAGAGAGAAAGAAAGAAAUGGUCUGUUCAGUUUGCCCACAGGUUUGCUUGUGAUCUAUAAAGUCAUUGGUAAAUAUUCCUUUCAAAUCCUCUCAGUCGGUUAAAAAAAGGAAACAUUCUGAUGGUCUUGUACCAAAUGCUUUCCACAUUAUAUACGGACCGUCAAGCUUGUAUAGCAUAUUUGCUUGCAAGUCAAGUAUGACUCUCAAAAAUAUCAUAAUAAACCCGACUGGAUAAUCUGAGGAUAGGAAUAUGAAUCCUCUUUGUUUUUAAUCAAAAGAGUAUAAGCAGAUGUGGGCUACUGUAUCAAAAGACCAUUUGUUUGGAAAAGAAACAUCAGGUUUACUGUUUACUAAAUAAAACUCCCAAACUGAGGUUUGAAUCAUGAAAUCGUACCGAGUGCUGCAUACAAACUAAGGUGUAUCAACAAGUAUCAACAAAUCGAGGCUAGCCAUAGUUCAUUUGCAUGCUUGUUUUAUCCUCCAUUCUUUGUUUAUUAUUUUGCUUUCUUGGAUAUUAUUUUGCAUGCAACUUGUAUAUGAUGUUUAUUUUUCUCUUGAAAAGGGCAUUUUGAAGAGGAUGCUUGUCCUGAACUUGUACAAAAAUGAGUUUUCCAAAGUUUCCUUACAUUUAUUGAUUAUGUUUCAUGUCAAGAUUUACCCCAUGAAAUCAAUCAAACACUACUGUGUCAGAAACAAUGGUAUUUUUUAAAAAGGUAAGUAGUUAUUAAUUUAUUCUUUCUCAGUUUAAUUUAGAAGGAAUCUGAUAUAUAUCAAGUAUUAUUUUCUCACAGCAUUUAUUGAACUAGUCUUUUGACUAUUACCAAGGUUUUUAUUUUAUGCACAAUUGAUUUUGUAAAUGAAAUCCUUCUGCAUGUAAGGGAAGAUAAUAUUUUAUUUUAUUUUGAAAGCUGCAGUGUAAAUUGAACAAUGUAAUUUACAACUAACUUUAAGGUAGUGAGUGAUAAAUACUAACACAUCUCCGAAAGAGAGAAAAUGUAUAAAAUAAUUAUAAAUUCUAAAGAAUUCAACAAAUCCAACAACAUAUGAAUUUUUUUCUUCAGAAUUACGAUUACCUUCAAUUAUUUUCCAACUUAUGAGUCAUUUUAGUUGGAUUGAUCCCUUAAUGAAGACAUUUAGAAUUGAAUUGCAAAGUUGCACGAGGCCUAUACAGAAGUGACUAAUUAGAUAUCUCAAAGUAUUUCUUUCCCUUAGAUAAUGGAUGAUGAAAUAUGGUGUGAUUUCACUAGAUUGCACUGCAUAAAAAAAGAGUGUCAUUAAUUAAUCCUAUAUACAUAUAUAUCUCAGUGUGGUAUAUUGAUCAUUCAUUAAACACUUCUCUUUGCAUCAGGUAUCCAUGUCAUCUUAAUAGGAAGAUGCAUGUUUCCUCAUCUUUAACCCAUCAUUUUUAGAAGUAGAAAUUGUUGUUGUAAACCAAAAUGGCAUUCAAAUCACAUUUAACAAGAUUAAGUCUAUGCCUUCAUUGGUUCUAGUUGACAUAAUGUUCUUUCCUUAACUUUCUCUUUAUUUACCCUUUUUUAAAACCUGUAAUAAUCAUAUCCUUGCAUGAUGAAUGCUUUAUACCUCCCAGAUCACCUUGUAUAAUCUCACUUUAAAUGUCUCUGAUGACUUUCCUCUUCAAAGUGCAAAGUCAUUUAUCAUUUUGUAUUAUUUUGGAAGUAUACUUGGCUAGCUGAGAUAACAUAGCUUGCACAUUAAUGAUUAGCUCAAUCAAGGGCGUGACAUCCUUAUGACGGAGGUCAAUCAAGGGCGUGACAUCCUUAUAACGGAGGUCAAUCAAGGGCGUGACAUCCUUAUGACGGAGGUCAAUCAAGGGCAUGACAUCCUUAUGACGGAGGUCAAUCAAGGGCAUGACAUCCUUAUGACGGAGGUCAAUCAAGGGCGUGACAUCCUUAUGACGGAGGUGAGUGAGGGGAUCAGCAGAUGAGAGAAGGGCGAAAGAGAGGAGGAAAAAAAAGAUGAACAAGAAAGAAAAUCUAGAAAUAUUACGGUAGUCACUAUCAGAAGUUGGUUAUGUCUCUGGCUCCAUGCACAUAAAGUUGAGAAAACAUUCUGGUUUAAAGGAACACCAAGAAAUUUGAAAGCCCAUGAUCAUACAUGUGAUUGAAUAUUUGCUCAUGUCUUUGUGUCAGUUUGUCAAUGUGAUACAUUUCUGUCAUUUUGAUAUUUAAUGUUACAUGUACAUUUUCUGGUCUAAGGAAAGUAUUUCUUGUAUAUGCAAUGGUAAGGAUUUAAGAUGAGAUGUACAAACACAAUAUUGGAUAUUGAAAUGAUGAAGACCUUGCUGCAUUUGUUGUAAAGUAAAGUAUUUAUAGUUUCCUACAUAACAACUUUAUAAUGAAACAUGAAUCUUUUCAUAUUGCAAUUUGAUUGUUUUUAAUGUUGUGACAUAUAUAUGUACACAUUGAGCUAUUUUGUCUUUUUUGUAAAGAUCUAUACUUGUAUGAAAAAGGGGCCUAAAAUUCCAAAUUUCUUGGUUGUUCCUUUGAGCCAGAUGAUAGCAUCAUGAAAGAUGCUGGUACACUGUAUAAAGUUGUUAUAUAAGCAAAAAAGAUUUAAAAUGUCUUUUGUUACCAAGCUUCAUCAAUGUUGCCUUCUUGGUCGUUUGCAUGCUUGUUCUGUCUAGUUUAAACCUGUGGUUUUUAGAAUCGUCCAAGUCUCAAAAUGAUUCAGAUUACAAGUUCCCCCAGUGAAAUGGUGCUUCUUAGGAAUCAAAUGCUGGAACCCUGUAUCAUAAAAGGGGUAUCAUGAAUAUUCAUGAGAUUCAGCUAGGCCAAUGCUGGUCUGAAAUUAAUAUUACUGGCAUCUGAAGGUAUUAAUAAUUAUGAUAAGUAUAUUCUUACAUUGCACAUAAUACUCAAAAGGUCUCUAUGCGCUUUACAUAGUACAGUAGUACAUUGUUCAUGCAACUUGCUAAUGUGCUAUAGGGCUGUUUGCAAGCACAAACUCUUGACAGUCAUUAUGCCUGGUAUGAUGAAUAUAAAAUGUAGACUACAUCUACUACGAAGCACCUGCUGAAUGGAUGUUGCCAGUUUCUACAGGAUGAAUAGGAGACAGCCACUAACAAAGAGGAUAAAUUGUCUGCUGCCCUCAAGGCUGUAAGAGUUGUGUACUGUCAAUAAUGAACAAUGUAUCAUUGGCAGGUGAUGAAAUAUGGAAUCGGCAAUUUCACUGGUGAACUCACAUAAUGAAACUAAAAGAGUGAAACUGUAUUUUGAUACUGGUUAUAUGUCUACUAAAGUUUUGUCUUAAUGUCUGUUUCACAAUGUGUGUUUCACAAUGUACAUGUAUAUUGAAGCUGUUAUGUGUACUAGUAACAAGCAUGCAGACACAGUCAGGUACAAAUAUUUUUAUAUCAAUGUGUUGAUUAUUUGUAAGAAUAUGGAGACAGAAAUAAUUGCUGAUUUUCUGGAAUGAGUGUCUAUGUGUUUGGGGGGGGGGGGCAUAGUCCCUGUAACUUGAGCAGAACAUUCAGCUUAAUCAUUGUUAAAAGGUGAGACUGAUUUUUUAAGAUUGGAGUAAAUGCUGUAAUAUUUCAUUUUUCAAAAUAUUACUGGAGUGAAUGCUUAAAAGAAAUGAAAAAAUGAAAGAGAAUUAAUACGUUUUUUGAUAAAAUUGUAUAUACUGGUAGUUGUUGGAAUUUGCACUGUGAUUCUAUGACUGACAAUAUUUCAUUGAGGAUUUGGAUCAUGUAUUUUUGAAGGAAAUGGUUAAAGGAUGAAUUUUGAUAUGGAAAACAAAGAAAGGAUAUGCUUGGAUAAUGAUGGAAACAGUUUUACAACUGAAAUAUAAUUUCCUCAUGUUUUUGUUUGUUUAUUUUCAAUGAGUCAGUGUCACAUGAAUUUAUCUCUGCACCAUUCUUUCUUGGAGUGUAUCUUAUUCCCAUUUUUGGUGAUAUGGUAUAUUUUGCAUUUGAAUGUGUCAAAAUUAUUAUAAUUGCCUUUGCUGAAUGUCACUUUUGAUUGAUUUUUUCUUCUCUUACCUCUUAAUAUCUGAUGGUCACCAGGAAAUGUUUCAGAUACUAAUUUUAGUGCAUUGAUUGCUGCAUUCUCUUUUCUUGUGUAACCCUUAUUCAUUUUCUCCCUUUUGUUUACACUUUCUUGUGUUAUGUGUGCUUAUUUUCCUUCCCCAUUAUACAUCUUUUUUUUCCAUAAGGGGAUGGAGAAGAGGUAACUAAUAUGAAAAGAAAGAAUGAAAAUAGAAUAUUGCAAUCGUCUUGUAUCAUUUUUUAUAUCAAUGAUUAAAAUGAAACUAAUCCACAAGGCUUCAUGAAUAUUCAUGUUGCCUAGUUUCAUUCAUUUAUUUCUGUUUAUAUCAAAGUCAGAAGAACUGGGUUUUCUUUUUUACCCCAAUCAGUACCAUCACUUAUGAUUCUGUAAUGUUAGAUCUGUGAAGUUAGAAUGUACACCUAGACUUGUAGAUAAGAAAUAUUAUUUACUUGAAAAGUCUUUGGAAAACUUUGUUUUAUUGUUUAUAAGAAUAUUUUAUGUUUAGUGAUUUAUAGUAUAUGUUACAAUGAGUGUACACAAUUUUCUCAAGUUCUUUUGAGAGUUCAUGGUGUGUGCGAUGUGUACAUUAUGUAUGAGGAAAUGGCAUGAAAAUAUGUUUAAGAUAUUUCUUUUAUUAAUAAAAGAGACUGAAUUAUGCUUGAAUAUUUAAAA